UAUACAUCUGUUAAGUGGAAAUUUGUGUGAAGGGCAUUCUUUCCUCUUGUUUCAUUAAGCAUGUUCAGGGUUUCUCAAACUCCAUUUGGCCAUGUAACUAGAGGUUUGCCGUGAGUUUUCUUUCUCCAUACAUGUUGGUGAACUAUGUCUAGGACACUUAAAAUUUUUGGAUUCCCAUCUCAUGUUUCGCCUGAAGAGGUUAAGAAAUUUUUGGAGCAACAUACAGGACUCCAAACUGUUGAUGCUGUUGAGUUUGGGCAGCAAAAAGAGGAUGACCCUUGGACACAUGUUAAUGUUCAGUUCACAAACAGAGAAAGUGUGGAAACUAUCUUGCUAUUGGUUUCUCAACACCUAUCUUACAGUGUCUUCACUCUAAAUGCUAAAGAAAUACAACCUGAUAUUUUGGCAAAGCCAAGGAGCUUUGCUUAUAGCAUUGAUGAUGUAGUAGUGCACUUUGGAUGCCAAACAUCCAAGGAAAAACUUGGUGUACUAUGGGAACAUCCAAAGGUUUCUGUUCAAUUUGGGGCCAGACUAAGAAAGAUGUAUAUAUUUUUUCAUUAUUUGUCCACAGAUUAUAAGCUGCAGAUUUCUUCAGAGAGUAUAUCACGAAUUGAGCUACAUCAAUCUCAUGGUUUCACCAAUAAGCUUCUCCUUUUUCAGCUACGAGGUGCUCCUCAAAUCUAUGAAAAAGUUAAUUCAAGAAGCAAAUAUUUUAAGGAGCCUUAUAACAACCAUUGGUUUCGAGGAGUAGAUUUCACUGCAUCAUACUGUAUUGGACAAUCUUCUGCUGUAUGUUUUAAGCUUCCAAAAACUACUCAGCUUCCAAAUUUUCGUCACCACUAUCAUAACUAUUAUGAAGUUGACAACAUCUUAACUCCUGAGAGGCACCUUGGUUUCUCAUCAAACUUGAACUUUGUCCCCAUGGUGAUUCCACCAGAAGGCUUCAACUUGCCAUACAAAAUUCUUUUCAAAAUCAACUCACUGGUUCAGCAUGGUUUGCUUCCUUUCCUAGCAAUUGACACCAACCUUUUUCACAUGGUUGAUCCAAAAAGAAUAAAGGUUGAGUAUAUAGAAAGUGCCCUGCAUAAACUUUAUCAGAUGAAAGAAUGUUGCUAUGAGCCUGUACAAUGGUUGGAGAAACAAUAUCAAAGAUACUCACAAAAUAGUCAACUUCCAGUGUCCUGUGCAAUUUCGUUAGAUGAUGGGUUGGUCUAUGUGCAUAGAGUACAAGUAACUCCAUCCAGAAUAUAUUUCUGUGGUCCAGAAGUGAAUCUUUCCAACCGCGUCUUACGCAACUAUCCUCAAGACACUGAUAAUUUUCUUCGUGUUUCGUUUGUUGAUGAAGACAUGGAUAAACUUCAUUCAGCAGAUUUGAUGUUUACAGGUGUGAAAAGAGAAACCAAACUACAUCAAAGGGUGCUGACUACACUUAAAAAUGGCAUAACAAUUGGUAAUAAGAAGUUUGAGUUUCUUGCCUUCUCGUCAAGUCAAUUACGCGAUAGCUCAGUGUGGAUGUUUGCAUCAAGAGAUGGACUCACUGCAUCUGACAUAAGGAAGUGGAUGGGAGAUUUUCAUGAAAUAAGAAAUGUGGCCAAAUAUGCAGCUAGGCUUGGACAAUCAUUCAGCUCUUCCAGGGAAACAGUGAGUGUUGGAAGGCAUGAAAUUGAAAUGAUUCCUGAUAUAGAGUUUAGAAGAGGUGAAGUCAACUAUUGUUUUUCUGAUGGAAUUGGGAAGAUAUCUGCUGAAUUGGCUCAAAUAGUGGCUAGGAAAUGUGGCUUCAGGGAUCACGUUCCAUCUGCAUUUCAAAUCAGAUAUGGUGGGUUCAAAGGUGUUGUUGCUAUUGAUCCAAGUUCAGCAAUUAAACUUUCUUUAAGAAAGAGCAUGUGCAAGUACAAGUCAGAAAACACAAAAUUGGAUGUUUUGGCAUGGAGCAAACAAAAAUCUUGUUUCCUUAAUCGUCAAAUUAUCAUCCUUUUGUCCACGCUCGGGGUCAAGGAUCGAGUCUUUAGAAGGAAGCAAAGGGAGGUUGUUAAUCAAAUAAAAAUGAUAUCAAGAAAGCCAUUCAAGGCAAUAGACAUGAUGUCCCAUGGAGAUAUUACAAACAUGUUGAGGGAAAUGCUUAUCUAUGGAUUUCAUCCCACAAAGGAACCUUUUCUUUCCAUGAUGUUGCAAACACUAUGUGCAUCUAAAUUACAAGAAUUGCAGCUUAAAACAAGGAUAUUCGUUAAGAAAGGAAGAGCAAUGUUAGGAUGCUUAGAUGAAACUAGGACAUUAAAUUAUGGACAGGUAUUUGUGCAGAUAUCACUCCCAAGAAAUAAUGUUAUGUCCUCUCUUUCUUCUAAAGGCAAUGGAGCAAACAAAAGUAAAUAUGUUGUUAAGGGAAAGGUAAUUGUAGCUAAAAAUCCAUGUCUACAUCCAGGAGAUGUGAGGAUUUUGAGAGCAGUAGAUUUACCUUCCCUGCAUCAUAUGGUAGACUGUGUUGUUUUUCCACAGAAAGGGAGAAGACCACAUCCUAAUGAAUGUUCAGGAAGUGACUUGGAUGGAGAUAUCUAUUUUGUAUGUUGGGACCCCGGUCUUAUUCCUCCACAUCAAGAAAAUCCCAUGGAUCAUGAACCAUCUCAAGUUAUGAAUGUAAAUCUUGAUCAUGAUGUUACAUUACAGGAUGUUGAGGAGCACUUCACCCACUACAUUGUUAAAGACACCUUAGGAGUUAUUGCAAGUGCACACACAGUCUUUGCAGAUACGGAACCUAAAAAGGCAAUGAGCUCUUCAUGUAUUGAGCUUGCAAAGCUACAUUCAAUUGCUGUAGAUUUUGCAAAAUCCGGUGUGCCGGCAGAAAUACCACAACAUCUACGUCCGGAGAAAUAUCCAGAUUUCAUGGAAAAGCCACACAAACCAAGUUAUCAAUCAAAGAAUAUAAUAGGACAACUUUAUCGUGAGGUGAAGAAUGUUGCACUGCAAAAAAGCCUUAAAAAGCGCUUUACUAGAAAAAUGGCAAUGCAAUUAUAUGAUCAUGACAUGGAGGUUGAUGGUUUUGAUAAGUAUACCACUAUUGCUUUUGAGUACAAGAACAUGUAUGAUUGCAAGUUGUGGAACCUAAUGGAAUAUUAUGGUAUAGAGACAGAGGCAGAAAUAAUCAGUGGAAAUAUCUUGAAAAUGUCAAAAUCUUUCAAUGAAAGAAAGGAUUUGGAAGGAGUUAAUCAUGCUGUGAUAUCACUUAGGAAUGAAGCUAGGAGAUGGUUCAAUGAGAUGGUCAUGAAGUCCUACUCUCAAGGUGAUGAUGAUGCAUGUGCAAUAGCAUCUGCUUGGUAUCAUGUUACCUAUCAUCAUGGUUAUUGGGGCUGCUACAAUGAGGGGUUGAACAAGAAUCAUCUUCUUAGUUUCCCAUGGUGUGUACAUGAUACUCUCAUUCGGAUAAAGAAGGGAAAAGUCAGUUCUGGAACUUAUGAAAUCAAGCAUUGGGCAGUACUGAAAGUGUUCCUCACUUUACUGUUUUGCUUCUUGUGUAUAAUAUGGCAAUAUGCUACAUAAUGAAAAUGUAGCUAAAAAUUAAAUUGCCAAUCUCCAUUACUUAUUAUACAUUAUUUUUUUUUUAUAAGCCAUUAUACAUUAUUAAAUA